AUGGAGCUGUGCAUGGGCUGCGGCCUCGGCGCCGACUUGCACGGCCCCUCGUGUGUGUCCCCCACGCUCUCCCCCGCCCCCCAGUACAUCGAUGCAAUCAGCAACAAGCAGGGUGAGCUGGAGAACUACGUGUCGGACGGCUACAAGACGGCCCUGACCGAGGAGAGGAGGAGGUUCUGCUUCCUGGUGGAGAAGCAGUGCGCCGUGGCCAAGAACUCCGCUGCCUACCACUCCAAGGGCAAGGAGCUGCUGGCACAGAAGUUGCCACUGUGGCAACAGGCCUGCGCCGACCCCAACAAGAUCCCGGACCGUGCGGUGCAGCUGAUGCAGCAGAUGGCCGGGAGCAACGGCUCCGUCCUCCCCAGCGCCCUGUCGGCCUCCAAGUCCAGCCUGGUCAUCUCAGACCCUAUCCCGGGGGCCAAGCCCCUGCCGGUGCCCCCCGAGCUGGCCCCGUUUGUGGGGCGGCUGUCUGCCCAGGAGAGCACGCCCGUCAUGAAUGGCGUCUCGGGCCCAGAUGGUGAGGACUACAGCCCCUGGGCCGACCGCAAGGCCGCCCAGCCCAAGACCUCAUCUCCUCCACAGUCCCAGAGCAAGCUGAGCGACUCCUACUCCAACACGCUCCCCGUGCGCAAGAGCGUGGCCCCGAAGAACAGCUACGCGGCCACUGAGAACAAGACCCUGCCGCGCUCCAGCUCCAUGGCGGCUGGCCUGGAACGCAACGGCCGCAUGCGGGUGAAAGCUAUCUUCUCUCACGCGGCCGGGGACAACAGCACCCUGCUGAGCUUCAAGGAGGGAGACCUCAUCACCCUGCUGGUGCCUGAGGCCCGCGACGGCUGGCACUACGGGGAGAGCGAGAAGACCAAAAUGCGGGGCUGGUUUCCCUUCUCCUACACCCGGGUUCUGGACAGCGAUGGCAGCGACAGGUUGCACAUGAGCCUGCAGCAGGGGAAAAGCAGCAGCACGGGGAACCUCCUGGACAAGGAGGAGCUAGCCCUCCCGCCCCCCGACUACGGUGCAGCCUCCCGUGCGUUCCCUGCCCAGGCAGCCGGCACCUUCAAGCAGAGGCCCUACAGUGUGGCUGUACCUGCCUUCUCCCAGGGUCUAGAGGACUACGGAGCGCGGGCUGUGAGCAGGAAUCCCUUCGCCAACGUCCAGCUGAAGCCGACAGUGACCAAUGACAGGUCUGCUCCCCUCCUCGGCUGAUGGCCAAGUCCCCGCCGCUGCCCGCCAGGCCCCUCUUCUUCUCCUCCCCCACCCACACACACACCUCUUUUGUAACAGUCUGUGUGGUCCCUGUCUAGAGAAUGUUCUCCUCCUUCCACGCCCUUCACCUGCCUGGCUCUGCCCCCACUUCAGUCUGGCCUGGGCUGGAUCCCGGCCGUUUCUUCGGAGGUGGCCCCUGGGCCGUGGCCGAGGAGAGUGAGUGGGGCCGGCCCCAGAGCUGGGAGCUGCCCCCUGGGCGGUGCGGCCAGCCUCUCAGGCAGGCCCGCCUGGCUGUGUGGGCCGUGGCCCCCCAGGUGCAGGGAAGGGUGUUCGGUCAGCCUGUAGCCGGAAGGGGAGCCCGGCUCCCACACUGCUCGGAGCUCCCAAGUGUCUGGUCAAUAAACAGGCUGACCCACCUGU